AUGUGCCCACUUGUACUGAAUCCGUUCUGCCUCAGUCCGAGCAUUUUAUCACCUACUGCUCUCACUGCAGUUGUUCUCAGCCCAUUUGUCCUGUCACCAGCUGUUUUUUCACCAGCAUACAUUGCUGCGACGAUCUUUUCACCGAGCGCCCUUUCACCAACGAUCAAUUCAACUGGAGAAGCAACAACCUCUGUUUUUUCGCCAAGCAUUUUCAGCCGAUUGUAA